GAAUCUGAAUCCCAAUCUCCCACGAACUAUUCUCAGUAAGCCUUUCGAACCGAACGGACGCCAGCGGAAAAUGGCAAGAACCGGAACUCAGAUGCUGCUACUUGUUGUUGCGCUGACGGCGACGGCGGUGGCGAUAAGUGGAGCGAGUGCCUCCAGCAUUCCGGAAGAGGUGCCGCCCUACAAUCCCCUCGAGCACGACUCCCUGCACGCCAAGCACUUCGAUGGGGGCGAGCACAACGCCCAGUUCGACCACGAGGCCUUCCUGGGUCCCGACGAGUCCAAGAAGUUCGACACCCUGACGCCGGAGGAGAGCAGGCGGAGAUUGGGCCUGAUUGUCGAUCGCAUCGAUGAGGACAAGGACGGGCUCGUCACGCUGCCGGAGCUGAAGAACUGGAUCGCCUACACCCAGAGGCGCUACAUCGAGGAGGAUGUGGGUCGCCUGUGGAGGCAACACAAUCCGGAGAACAACAACACCAUCAGCUGGGAUUCCUACAGGAAGACGGUGUAUGGUUUCAUGGACGAUUUGAGCAGCGAGGAGAGGGAGCAGGAAGAAAAUGGAAUCAGCUACAAGAGCCUGCUGAAGCGCGAUCGCAACCGCUGGGCGGCGGCCGACAAGGAUCUGGACGACAAUCUCACCAGGGAGGAGUUCACUGCCUUCCUGCAUCCCGAGGAGCACCCCAGCAUGAAGGCCGUGGUGCUGCAGGAGACCUUCUCCGACUUGGACAAGGACAACGAUGGCAAGAUCUCGGUGGACGAGUACAUUGGUGACAUGUACCGCUCGGCGGGCGAGGAGGACGUGGAGCCCGAGUGGGUGGCCAACGAGAGGGAGUCGUUCUCCGAGCACCGCGACCUGGACAAAGAUGGCUACUUGAACGAGGAGGAGGUUAGGCAGUGGAUUGCGCCCAACGACUUUGAUCAUUCGGAGGCGGAGGCCAAGCACCUGCUGUUCGAGGCCGAUGCGGAUCACGACGAGAAGUUGACCAAGGAGGAAGUAUUGGACAAAUACGACGUUUUCGUGGGCUCCCAGGCCACCGAUUUCGGCGAGGCUUUGGCCCGCCACGACGAGUUCUAGAGAGUUCUAGGGCCACUGACCAAAUAACCAGCAUCCCUGAGAUUAAGAUUGAUCCUAUGAAUCUCCCACUUCGCAUGCCAAAUAACUUGUAAAACUUGCCUAGUUCUUAAGACCAUUGAAAGUGCAUUAUAAACCGACUCGAAUGAAGGGGCCCAUUUGGCACCACCACAGCUAA